GCACGCCCAGCUAGCUAGAAGUCGAUGUCUCGAUGAGUUAUGACCUUACUGUGAGUGACUGUAAUCUCAUGGAUCUGGAAGGAGGAGAAACAAGGUCAAGACGCAAAGUUGUUAUAAGCAAAGAGCUUAGAGAGAUGAGCACACAAUGGAGGGAGAGCAUAGUAACGGCCGGAAGACAGGAGAGAGUCAGGCUGGGAGGUGCGCGCUAUCUCUUGAAGCUCAGUUUUCAAACGGUGCACAUCAUAGUUGCAUUCGGGUUCCUUGUUCUCGCUGUUGUGGAAUUUGUUCGCGACCCGCCGUACUUUGAUGCUGUUGCCAGCCCGAGACACGCCAACACUACAAAUAUACCCAAAGACACAUUCUAUAAUUUAACUAGAAAAGGAGCUCCUGGAAGCAUUCGCCAUGUAAUGGAUCUACCUGUUUUACUCCUCUUUUUGUGUUACUUUGUUGUGAUCCUGUGGCGAGGUGCAUGGGGCAUGUGGUCGGUGAUGAUGACGCUCUCAAUGUUUCUGAUACUACUUGUAUUUAUCACUAUUAACUAUUGGGCUCACGAUGUAUUUGACUGGAGAUUCUUCUCUUCAAGAGGUCUUGGUGUCAUCAUUGAAGUCUUCUGUUUUGCUUUUGCAUGGAAUUGCGUUGCGAUGGCAACCUUUGUCAAAGUCAAUUGGUUUCCGUUUCGUUUUUCUGAAACGCUGCCACAGCGUGUUUCCUUACGUUUUCUACUAGUUUUGUGGAAUUUCCUUGCUAUCCUUAUAUUCUUAUUCUUCUGUUUACUUAUAUGGUUUUCAAGACUGUAUUACUCGUGGGUAUGUGUUCACUCCAUUAACGAUGUCCUAUUAAUGUGUCAGUUCAGUAAUCAUGUUCAGUGCUAUGCUUGCAAGGAGGCAGAGACUUGUACAAAUUUAGAUAUAUGUGUGAAAACUGCAAGAACUAAAUCAACUUUUCAUUGUGAGUCACCAUUAGCUGGACUUGAAAAUGUUGAUAAUGCUUUCUGUAUUUUUAAUUACAACAUUGGGCUCUUCACAUUUAUUAUGGUGUUUGCCUAUGUUGGCGGAACCUAUUUCUUCUUAUCGAAUAUUUUCAAUUUUGCUGUGCAAUGCGUCAAAGAAGUGGUUUCAUGGUUUGUGAAGUUAAUGAGAAGGAAAACUGAGAGACUCUAUUCCCAUUCACGUGCAUUCACUACCAGUUUGGUCAAGAGAUCGGGAGGUAAUGAACCCAAUGAUCGUGUAACUGAAUAUGCCGAUGAAGAAGAGAUUACGGAUGAUACUGUUGGCACAGAAGAGAGAAAGAGUUUGCUCAAGUGGGAGGAUCAGUCAGAUGAAGAAACCACUAUAAACAAUUAAUUGUGCCUUUUUAUAUAUAAUGUAGUGUGUGUUUGUCAUAAUAGAUUUUUACAUUGAUAUUAUUAAUGAUCAGUUGUAAACUUUAUAAAGCUGAAUAAUAAUAAUUUUUAGGAGAUUAUUAAUUUAA